CAACUGCCAGUUCUCGGCAGUACUAUCCCCACAUUCUGACAGCGUGGGGAAAGUGUAGCCGAGAACCGGCAAUUACAUUUCCCGGUGAUCAGAGUGGCAUUGGACACGGCUGAUCACGUGAGCAUGAGGAAAGUACUGCCGAGAACCGGCAGCUGUCAGAGCAGGGAUCAGCACCGAUCAUCAGGACACUGAUGAUCAGUGCCCUGAUGAUUGGUGCCCAGCAGUGCUACCCACCAGUUCUGCCCACCUGUGCCCAGCAGUGCCACCCACCUGUGCCCACCAGUGCCACCCACCAGUGCCCAGCAGUGUCACUCACCAGUGCCCAGCAGUGUCACCCACCUGUGCCCAGCAGUGCUACCCAGUCAGUGCCCAGCAGAGACGCCAGUCAGUGCUGACUAUCAGU